AUAGUCGAGGGGCAGGUCGGGCAGGUCCCCACCGUUUCGGGCAGCUCUCGAGAUCACUGGUCAGUGGUCACAGGUCAUAGCGAGGCGAGCACACACGCCCAAAAAGAAAGCUAAUCAUACUUAUCCCACUCUACUACUUUCUCUCACCUCGCACCAAAGAGAGAGAGAGAGGGACUCUCCACAAGUUUUUGAAAAGAAUGUUUAGAGAGCCAUUAAGUUGCCGAGGAAGAUAUACACUACACUGCAGAAGCAUCCAACCACAAAUUUUUGCACACAUUCGAAAAUAGCCCAGCAUCACUUUCUCUUUUGUUGAUUUUCUUGUGUAUUGUCAUAAUUAUUGGGAUUGGCUUCUUGAUCUCUAAAUGAUGUUGGAGUUGUUGGGCUAAAUUAGGGAUUUUUAUCCUUCUUUAAAUGCUGUGCCUUUAUCUAUUUGGAUCUGAGGCAUUAUUAUCUCGUGAGCUGGUGGAGCUACCAUAUCUAUCGCAUAAAUAUGUAUGUUUUUUUGGUGGGAAUGGUGAAAAGAGUGAGCUUGGUGAUGUGGCUGAUGUUUCUGCUCUAUCCUUUGAAGUGCAUUUAUGCUAAUAUGGAAGGUGAUGCUUUACAUAGCCUUAGAGCAAACUUGGAGGAUCCUAACAAUGUGCUACAAAGCUGGGACCCCACGCUUGUCAACCCUUGCACAUGGUUCCAUGUUACGUGCAACAAUGAUAACAGUGUAAUUAGAGUUGAUCUCGGGAAUGCUGCUUUAUCGGGUCAAUUGGUUGCACAGCUUGGCCUGUUGAAGAAUCUGCAGUAUCUGGAGUUGUACAGUAACAACAUAACUGGGCCAAUACCAAGUGAUCUUGGAAAUCUUACUAAUUUGGUGAGCUUGGAUCUGUACUUGAACAGUUUCACUGGUCCCAUUCCAGCCACGUUGGGCAAGUUGUCGAAAUUACGAUUCCUCCGGCUAAACAAUAACAGCUUGACGGGUCCCAUACCUAUGCAACUGACCAAUAUCUCGUCACUUCAAGUUCUGGAUCUAUCAAACAACCGUCUCUCGGGGGCAGUUCCAGAUAACGGUUCCUUUUCUUUGUUUACACCCAUAAGUUUUGCAAAUAAUGUUGACCUCUGCGGCCCAGUUACUGGACGACCAUGCCCUGGAUCACCUCCAUUCUCUCCACCCCCUCCGUUUAUUCCACCGCCCCCAACUGCUUAUCCAGGAGGAAAUACUGCAAUGGGAACCAUUGCUGGAGGGGUUGCUGCAGGCGCAGCUCUACUAUUUGCUGCCCCUGCCAUCGCCUUUGCAUGGUGGCGUCGGAGAAAGCCAAAGGAGUAUUUCUUUGAUGUUCCAGCUGAGGAGGAUCCCGAAGUCCAUUUGGGACAGCUUAAAAGAUUCUCUCUACGAGAGCUGCAAGUUGCGACCGAUAGUUUCAGCAACAAAAACAUUUUGGGCAGAGGUGGCUUCGGGAAGGUAUAUAAAGGACGACUGGCAGAUGGCACACUUGUUGCCGUCAAAAGACUUAAGGAGGAGCGAACGCCUGGUGGGGAACUCCAAUUCCAAACGGAGGUCGAGAUGAUUAGUAUGGCCGUGCACCGUAAUCUUCUGAGACUGCGUGGGUUCUGCAUGACCCCUACUGAAAGGUUGCUCGUAUAUCCUUACAUGGCUAAUGGAAGCGUCGCAUCCUGUUUAAGAGAACGGCCGCCAAAUGAGCCACCACUCGUUUGGCCCGCGAGAAAGUGCAUUGCUCUGGGAUCUGCCAGAGGAUUAUCUUAUCUGCACGAUCACUGUGACCCGAAGAUCAUUCACCGUGAUGUGAAAGCCGCAAAUAUAUUAUUGGACGAAGAGUUUGAGGCGGUCGUUGGAGAUUUUGGUUUGGCGAAGCUCAUGGAUUACAAGGAUACACACGUGACCACCGCUGUUCGUGGAACUAUAGGACACAUAGCUCCCGAGUACCUGUCCACCGGAAAAUCUUCAGAGAAGACCGAUGUUUUUGGAUACGGCAUCAUGCUUCUCGAGCUGAUAACGGGGCAGAGGGCAUUCGAUCUUGCUCGCCUUGCAAACGACGAUGAUGUCAUGUUGCUCGAUUGGGUGAAAGGGCUUCUAAAAGAGAAGAAAGUGGAAAUGCUGGUUGAUCCUGAUUUGCAGAAGAACUAUGUGGAAGCGGAGGUGGAGCAGCUAAUACAGGUGGCGCUGCUGUGCACACAGAGUUCUCCGAUGGAGCGGCCCAAGAUGUCGGAGGUGGUGAGAAUGCUGGAAGGCGACGGUCUUGCUGAGAAGUGGGACGAGUGGCAGAAGGUGGAAGUGCUCCGGCAGGAGCUCGACCUUGCGCCGCCUCAUUCGACUUCCGAUUGGAUCCUCGAUUCUACUGAGAAUUUGCAUGCUGUUGAAUUAUCAGGUCCAAGAUGACCUUCGUUCCAACAAAUUACUAACUCUCUUUUUUCCCUUUUCUUUCUUUAUCUCUUUUUUUUUUUUGUUAAGAAAAAGUUAUUCCCCAUCACCCUCUAUUAGGUAUAUUGAAUGGGAAAAGAAAAGAAAAAAAAAGUAACAGAUUAGGGAUUUUGGUGGGAGCAUAUUGUGAACUGUAUUUAUUCUUUGUAUUUGUGCAUAGCACUAUGUAGUGUAGUGCCCAACUAUUUUGGUGAAUCACAAUUCUUGUAGCUAUCUAUUAUUUAUUUAUUUAUUUAGCGCAAAUCCUUAUAUCUCAUCACAUCCCAUGCUACAAACAACAAGAAAAAAAAAAAAGAACACAAGAUUGGUAUCUAAUUUUUUAUUUUUUGGUAAGCAUAUUUCUAUCACUAUAUUAGGUGAAAAAAAAAUCUCACAUUUCUUCAUAAUUCAAACCUAUCUACAAAAGCAAAAACUUUUAUCUCUCCACUUCCUCGUGGGCUCCGGCAUUUGGAUUUGGAUGAUCAGUUUGUGAGAAGGAUUCCACUACCAAAUAUUCUUUCAACUUCUCAUGUAACUAUCUAAGCACAAUCAUUUCUCACCCUCUGCUGAAAAAAAUAGAAGCUUCAUUCUCAAACAUCUUCAGCAAAUUUUGGUGAGCAUGUUUGAAUGGCAUCUGCCACUGUAAGAAAAAUCUUGUCUUCUCCGAUCAUACUCGCAAGAUUCGACGCGUGCACCUUGUCGAUCACGACGGGCCCAGGAUUCGCCAGAACCAGCUGUUGGGAAAAAUUUAAGGCUCCUCAGCAGCUCCUCCAACGCGUGGAUGCCGCUCGUGUCGAUGUCCGUGACGGCUGCAGGAAUCAAACAACGUUAAAAUGAAAGCAUAUUUGGAGCAAAGCAAUCAAGAGGCCAAUCUCAACGGAGGCGAAAACCACACCGAAGAAGGCUCCCAUGCAGGCGAUGAAAUCGAACUUGUCAAUCUUCCAUAUGAGAAGUGCUGCCUCGUAGUCAAUCAGGCCGAUGACAGCUGAGAUGAUGAUGGAGGAGAGGAUCGCGUUUGGGGUGUGCUCGAAGAGAGGGGUCAUGAACUGCAGCGUCAGGAACACGACAACGGACAUCACGAUGUUUGAAACGGCCGUUUGGCAGCCGGCCAUGUAGUUCACAGCAGAGCGUGAGAAGGAGCCUGCAAAAUGAACAUCAUCUCUAUAUGCCUUCAAUUUUUUUAAUGAAAUGAGCUUGAUUUAUGUUUUAUACCUGUAGCGACGUAGCAAGACGUCAUUGAGCCAGCAACAUUCAUUGCUCCAAGAGCCACCAUUUCUUUGUUCCCAUCUAUUUGAUAGUCCUUCAUGGCAGCAAAUGUUCUUCCAAUUGCAACUGCUUCCUGGUGCAAUAAAGGGAAGAUGUUGAACUACUUUUCUACAUGAUUAGAGAUGAAGGUUUUCGGAGAGAAACAACAGCUUACAGUGAGUGCAAUGAUCCCAGCAACUAAGCCGAUCCUAACGCCUUUCAAGAGACGAAGAAGGUGGACAGAACGACCGAUACAAGUGGAGCAAUCGCAGAAACACCAGAAAUGCUGCUCCAAUUGCUAUUGUAGGCCAGUUCCACUGCAGAUACAUAUAAUGCAAGUAUUAUAACUUGAGCUCGAAUCCUAAGUGGAGAGAGAGAAAGAAAGAGAGAGAGAACUGACUCCAUGGUGAGCGGAGCUGAAGACCGACUGCAUCACAGAGAUGAGAUCAGCCUUCUUAGUGAAAUUCUUGAUUCCUAAGAACCCCUUGAGCUGCUGGAGUGCAAUGGUUAUGGCAGCGCCGCCCAUGAAGCCAACAACGGCAGCAUGAGACAGGAAAUCAAUCAAGAACCCCAAUCUGUCACACAAAACGCAGUAUGAAAACAGAUGCAUUUCACAAGAAAUUUCGAAAGAGUUAUCACCUAAGAAUGCCAAGUGUUGCUUGUGUUAUCCCAGCAAAGAAGGUUGCAGUGAAGGCGAGCCUCCGAUACUCCAAAGGAUGUUUUAUAGGAUCAAUUUCGUUUUGUAGCAAAGUUCCCAGCAGGAGGGAUACAACAGCAACCGGCCCUAUGGCUAUGUCUCUCGAGCUCCCCAUCAAUGCAUACACCAAAGGCGGGACAAAGCUCGAAUCUGAUAUGACAAACACGACUCAUGAAAAUCUACUCGAGAGCAGAACAAUGAUCAGCAAGAAAUCACUCACAUAAACCAUACUGUGGAGACAAAUUUGCAAGCUUGGAGUAGCCAAUGUCCUGUUGCACCAAAUACAGCAAAUGUGAUCAAAAUGUUAUAUAUAUGUAUAUGCCUUAAUUAUUUAUUGUAUGCAACAAUUUAAACCUGAGGUAUGCAGAGGCUGGCAAUGGUGAGUCCUGCAAUGAGGUCUCCUUUAAAGUUGGCAAGAUUGUAUCUUUUGCCCCAUUCAAGAAUGGGGAAGACGGCCUGCAUUCCAAGAACGAACUUCCUAGACCUCGACUGGUCCUUGAAGGAGUGGAGAGGAUCAUCGGAGAAGAAAGUCUCCUUCAACGUGCUACAGAAUUCGCUCCAGAACUUCUGCUUUGGUGGAACACCAACUCUGUAUGGCAUGCUUCUCAUCAUAGACUCCUCGCUAUGGCCAUCCAUCUGCAUUGUCAAAUACACUUACUAUAACUCUUCAUUUUUUUAUGUCACUCUAUUUAUAAUAAAUUCUUCCAACAAACAUACUCUAACAU